AUGGCGGGUAAGCCGGACCGGGCAUGGGACCCGGGUCACGGCCCGUCUGUGCUCUUCCUGCACCCGGACCUGGGCGUGGGCGGCGCCGAGCGCCUGGUGCUGGACGCGGCGCUGGCGCUGCGGGCGCGCGGCUGUGCUGUGCAGAUCUGGACGGCGCACUACGACCCGGGCCACUGCUUCGCCGAGAGCCGCGAGCUGCCGGUGCACUGCGCCGGGGACUGGCUGCCGCGCAGCCUGGGCUGGGGCCGCGGGGCCGCGCUCUGCGCUUACCUGCGCAUGGUCUACCUGGCGCUCUACGUGCUGCUCCUGAGCGGCGUGGAGUUCGACGUGGUCGUGUGCGACCAGGUGUCUGCUUGUAUCCCAGUGCUCCGGCUGGCCAGGAGACGGAAGAAGAUCCUGUUUUACUGUCACUUCCCUGAUAUGCUGCUCACCAAGAGAGAUUCUUUCCUUAAGAGGCUGUAUAGAGCCCCAAUUGACUGGAUAGAGGAACACACCACAGGCUUGGCUGACUGCAUCGUGGUCAACAGCCGGUUUACAGCUAAUGUUUUUAAGAACACCUUUAAGACCUUGUCACACAUAGACCCUGAUGUCCUCUACCCGUCCCUGAAUUUCUCCAGCUUUGACUCAGCUGUUCCUGAAAAGCUUGAUGACCUAGUCCCCAAAGGGAAAAAUGUCCUAUUCCUCUCCAUCAAUAGAUAUGAAAGGAAGAAAAAUCUGCCCUUGGCAUUGGAAGCCCUGGUAGAGCUGCGUGGAAGAGUGACAGCCCAAGACUGGGACAGAGUUCAUCUGGUCAUGGCAGGUGGUUAUGAUGAGAGAGUCUUGGAGAACGUGGAACACUAUCAGGAGUUGAAAAGUAUGGUCCAGCGAUGUGACCUUGGCCAGCAUGUGACCUUCCUGCGCUCGUUCUCAGACAAGCAGAAAAUCUCACUCCUCCAUGGCUGCACGUGUGUGCUUUACACACCAAGCAACGAGCACUUUGGCAUCGUUCCUCUGGAGGCCAUGUACAUGCAGUGCCCUGUCAUCGCUGUUAAUUCAGGUGGGCCCUUGGAGUCUGUUCUGCACAAUGUCACUGGGUUUCUCUGUGAGCCUGAUCCAGUGCACUUCUCAGAAGCCAUGGAAAAGUUCCUCCACAAGCCCUCCUUGAAAGCCACAAUGGGACUGGCUGGAAGGGCCAGGGUGAAGGAAAAGUUUUCCUCUGAAGCAUUUGCAGAACAACUUUACCAGUAUGUCACCAAACUGCCCAAAUAA